AUGGCUAUCCACGACCAUUCUUCCAACGUGACGCCAUCUUCGUUCUCUGAUUCUUCAAACUUUUCUUCGCCGCCAUCCCCUCAUGCCUCCGACUCCUUCCGUAGAUCACUCAAGAAAAAGUCCGAUUCAAAUUCAUCGUCUGACGAUCCAUCACCAAAACCGAGUCCACGGCCUCCGCGUUCUCCGCCACCGCCGAAAUCUCCACCACGGCCAUCAAAGUCUCCACCACCACCACCCUCUCCGCGUCCACCAAAACACUCGCCUCCUCCAAAAACACCCCCGCCGCCGCCAUCGCCAGUUCCGUCACCUCCGCCACCACGGAUUACACCUCCUCCACCCCCAACUUCAAUAACGCCACCAGAUUCACACUUUAUUACUCCACCACCUCAAGUUACUCCUUCUCAUCCUCCUCCUCCUCCUCCUCCUCCUCCGCCACCGCUGCCGCCAACAACUAGUUCCCCUCCAAACCACCCUACUACGCCGCCACAAUCACCUUCUCCGCCUUCAAGAUCAGGCGGUGAUUCAUCUUCUUCGAAACGCCAUUCUCCCCCAGCGUCGUCAACUUCGAAUACACGAGGUUAUAGUGAUCGGAUAGGCCAACAUGUUGGUUUUGCAGUGGCUGCAAUUUCCAUCAUUGCACUCAUUGCUGUAAUUCUCUUCUUUUUUUUUAGGAAGAAGAAAGAUCGAGGCGAUGCCGGUUGGCCACAAGGUGGAAAUGUACACUACUACUACAAACCAGGCGGGGCCAAUGGUCCACAAGUAGGGAAGUACGGUUCACAAAAAAAACAGUCUACUCCGGUGAGAGGCAACUAUGGAGGUUACGUGAGAUCACCUUCAGAGCUACAACAAAUGAGUGGGGGUAUAAUGGCUUAUAGCUACGAAGAAAUCGUGGAAGUAACGAACGGGUUUUCGAGUGAGAACGUAAUAGGAGAAGGUGGGUUCGGGAGUGUGUACAAGGCUUUAAUGCCCGGUGGUAGAGUAGGAGCAGUGAAGAUGCUGAAACCUGGUAGUGGCCAAGGAGAAAGAGAGUUUAGAGCUGAGGUUGACAUUAUUAGUAGGAUUCAUCAUCGUCAUUUGGUUUCUUUGAUUGGUUAUUGCAUAGCUGAGCAACAUAGAGUUCUUGUCUAUGAGUUUGUUCCUAAUGGGAAUCUCAGUCAGCACUUGCAUGGAAAUAACUUACCUGUUUUGGAUUGGCCGAAUAGGAUGAAGAUAGCAAAUGGCGCUGCAAGGGGCAUAGCGUAUCUGCAUGAGGGCUGCAACCCAAGGAUUAUUCAUAGGGAUAUUAAGUCCGCAAACAUACUUUUGGAUGGUGCUUAUGAAGCACAGGUUGCAGACUUUGGACUUGCCAAACUAACUGAUGACGCUAACACCCAUGUAUCAACCAGGGUGAUGGGGACCUUCGGAUACAUGGCUCCAGAGUAUGCAACAAGUGGAAAAUUAACGGAUAGAUCAGAUGUUUUCUCAUUUGGAGUUGUCCUGCUUGAGCUCAUAACUGGAAGGAAGCCCGUUGAUCCAAAGCGGCCCAUCGGAGAAGAGAGUUUGGUUGAGUGGGCUCGUCCACAUCUUCUUCUUGCAAUGGGGACGCGUGCGUUUGGUGAUCUAGAAGACCCAAGGCUUGAAGGACGCUAUGUUCAUUCUGAAAUGUUAACCAUGAUUGAGGCUGCUGCCGCAUGUGUUCGCCACUCUGCUCCUAAACGCCCCCGUAUGGUUCAGGUGGCAAGAGCCUUAGAGUGUGGAGAACAACUAGAUCUAUCAAAUGGGGUGAAAUAUGGUCAAAGCAGAAUAUAUGAUUCAAGCCAGUACAUUAAUGAUAUUAUGAGAUUUAGAAGGAUGAUGGCUGAUGGCAAUUUUAGCGGUUACGACUAUGAUAUGUAUAGUACAGAACACAGUUCAAGAGAGUUGUCUCCUUCUUUAGGGAUGCCAACUAGUUCAGGUGGUAAUUCAGAACCUAGAUCUUUCAACAACCAUAGGAGCUUCUCUGACUCUGAGAAACCAUAA